AUGACAUCCCACGUGUACAGCCUCGGGGAGCUGGUGUGUGACCUAGAGCCGGGCACCAUCCCGGCCUCGGAUCCCAAAAUCCUGGAGAAGCUGAAGCUCUGCCCGGCGCUGACGGGGGCACAGCAGGACGCCCUCAAUGCCCUGCUCCUGUCGGGGGGCACAGCGUACGGGGAUCCCUCAAGCUGGGAUUUGCGGACUCUGCAAGAUUUGGGGCCGCUCGUGCUGGCGUUGAACCAGACCACGCUGAGUUUGGUGGCCGAGGCAGCACGGGAGGAUUUCAGGAGGAGCAUCGCUGCCGCCUACAUCAACCAGGGACGUUCCCAGCGGGAGAAAUCCCUGAUCCUCCUCAGGGCGCUCGCAGCAGCAUCAGCUGCCUCCCAGCCCCGGCUGAAGCGCAGCGCGGACCGCUGCCAGUCCAAGCCCAUCACUGCCAGCAACAUCAGUGACAUCUUCUUGUACCUCUCCCCUGACAUGCUUGACCAGCUCGACCUGUGCCUGAGCAAUGAUGUGCUAAUACAAAACCUGGAGGCUGUGCUGGCUCAGCCAAUCACCUCAAAACCUUUGAGGGUCCUGAAAAAAAAGGUGGAUGAGUAUUUCCAGGGGUCAGGGAUCCCAGAGGAGCAGCUGAGGCGCCUGGGGGUGCUGUCCCGCCUGUACACGGAGCAGGAGAUCAGCCAGUGGCCGGUGACAUCCAGUGACACCCUCUCAGCCCUGCUCAAUGGCUCGGGAGGAGCGUGGGAUGAUUCCCAGGUGCAGCAGCUGCUCAGCAGGUACCUGGCCCUGGGGGGCUCCUUGACGGGGCCCCUGCUCCAGGAAAUCACAGGCAGGCGCCUGUGCAACCUGCAGGAGGGGCAGAUCCAGCAGAUCUCUGCUGCAGCCAUCGGGACUGCUGGGCGGUUGGACAUCUCUUCAUGCUCCCAGUCCAAGAAGAAGCAGCUCUAUGGGAAGGCCCGGGAGGCCUUUGCCAGCCUGGCCAGCACCCCUGGCCCCUAUUACUGCCAGAUCCAGCCAUACCUGGGUGGAGCUCCAGCAGAAGAUCUGAAGAAUUUGGCUAAUGCUGGUGUGGCCAUAAACAUGGAUCUGGACACCUUCCUCUCCCUAAUUCCUGAGGAACUGCAGAAACUCAGCGUCACUGACGUGAAACAUUUGCUGGGGAAAAACCUCCCUGAGCUGAAGGAGCACGAGCAGGAGCCCUCGGUGGUGAGCUGGGUGCAGCUGCAAUCCCAGCGCGAGCUGGACUGCGUGCUGGGCAUCGGCCUGCAGGGGGGGCGGCCCGAGCCCGCGGGGACAGCCAGCCCUGCUGCCACCUCCCCGGCCACUGCCAGCACCCACCCCUCCAGUGUCACCUCCAUGGCCACUGCCAGCACCCCUGUGCCCACCACCCUGGCCAGUGUCACCAGCCCUGUGGCCACCACUGCAGCCAGUGUCACCUCCCCGGCCACUGCCACCACGUCUGUGCCCACCACCCCGGCCAGUGUCACCACACCUGCACCCACCACCCCGGCCACUGCCAGCACCCCUGUGCCCACCAUCCUGGCCAGUGUCACCUCGAUGGCCACUGCCACCACCCCUACUGCCCCCACCACCCUGGACAGUGUCACCUCCAUGGGCACUGUCCCCACCUCUCCUCACCCUGCCAGUUCAGCCAAUGUCACCCCUGUGUCCACCACUGUCCCCGGCACCUCGGCCAGUGCCACCACCAUCCCCAAUGUCCCCAGCACCUCGGCCACACCCCCCACUGCCACCUCCACUGCCCGUCCCUCUGUGACCAGUGCAGUGCCCUGCUCCACCCACCAGGCCCCCAGCACAGACAGAGCCACGUCCCCUGCUGUCACCCUCCUCAGCACCCUCCUGGCCACCAGCAGCCCCAGUGCCACCCCAGUCCCUGCUGUCACCUCCAGGGCCACCACCAGCACUGGUGUUGGCACUAACCCAGCUGUUCCCCCCCAGCCAAGCCUGGGCUCCUCCACGGCCGCGCCGUGCCCGCCCAGCUCCCGUGCCAGCCCCAGACCCACAGCCGGGAGUGUCCCAGAGCCAGCCCAGACAGCCUCCAACGGCUACAUCAACCUGCGGCCCCCGCCUGGAUCAGGAUCCAGGCUCUGCUCCUGCCUCGCUCUCCUGCUGGCAGCCACCGUGGGGAAGGUUCUGCUGCUCUGA